AUGGAGGGGGACAGUGUCUUCAUCACUGUUCAGAAGGUCUACUACCCUUUGCUGUGCAUUCUGGGGAUCCCAGGUGUGUGUAUCUCCUAUCUUUUUUGUGCUGUUUCCUAAAUCUAUAUGUGUCUGUGAGAUGUUUCAGAACUUGUUUUCAUGAAUACAUUUCAUAGAUACGUUUAAAAGGAAAUGUCACACCUCAAAACAGGAUGCCAUUGUUUUCUAUUUCUGCUUCCUCAGCCAAUCUCUUCAUGUUCUACAUGAUCUGCUUCCAUAACUGUGGGAUGUCUGACAUGGCACUGGACUGUGACUGGCGUGACUGGAAUCCAACUAAAGCCUCUCUACCCCAAUGCUAAGGCACUCUCAAAUAAAACUCUCCAUUCACUUUUAACUAUGAAAAACUUUUCGAAAUGCUUCUUUUCUUGUUUUCUUUGCUGGUUAACUUUUUUCUAUACUGUGUAAGAGUUGGCAGGAUUGUUCUGUGUUUUUUUGUCUUUUCUAAACAAAAAAACUCAUAUGAAUGUUAAAAGCGUGUUCACUUUAAUGGGCUGUAAACUUUCCAUGAAUCAAGUGCCCUCAUGUCUGUAGGUGUGCUUUUACUAUGACAACUCACACCACUUCUACAAGGCUCACCAUGACUGGUUGCAGAAUUCCUGCUCUGUUUAGACAACAACCUGAUUGGUAGAUGUGAACUGCAUGCCCCACAUUAUUUGCAUAAAUGGUGAAGUGGGACUUUGCAUGCACUGAUCUCUUCAUCAAGACAAAAAUUGUGGGAAUGUUUCCUAUUCGCCCCAGAGCAGAUUUGCGUAUAGAGGGUGGAAUACAUGGCUCCGACACAGGUCAGGUUUAGCUGUUAAACUGGACUGUAAAUGGUACCUGUGCUGUGUGUUUUCAUUGCUUGAGGUCAGGAGAAUUUAGUCGAUUACUUUUGUAUUAUUCAUUCACAGACACAUUGCAGGUAAGUUAGUUGCUUGACUGGAGGACAAAGUUCAAUUCCUAUGAACAUACGUAAUGUUUGGUCUGACUGGUUUUAGUUAUGUAUUAUAGUGACUCUGUAUAGCCAAAGGACAGCUUAGAGAUCUGUAGUGAUAGGGGCUUUACAUGGAUCUGGGACGAUAGCUAUAUAUCACCGCUUUCUGUUUCACUCGUAAAAUAGUUUGUUUCACUUGUGUACACAGUGUUCCUAAAAAGUGUUGCUAGGAAUGACAUGUCCUUCUGCUAUCCACAGAGCUCAGAUUUCAUUGCUGUUAUACCACAUUUGUUUCUGUUUCCUUUUACAAGAAAUCUAUCCCUCGAGAGAAGAAUGGACUCUUUCACAGGUAUGGCAUUGUCAAAUACAGGACACACUAUCACACUUAUCGAAAAGGAAAGUUAACCUUACACUAAACUCACUCCUACAUAUCACAUCAUUUUUUCCCUUCUCCGAAAUGGCUUAAGCUGAAUAACAUUGUCUGCUGUUGUUGCUAGGUUCCCAUUGUCACAGAAGCAUUCCGGUGGAGACAGAUGAGUCAAUGACAUCAUCAAUGCUGAACCUAGCAUUGCCCUUGGACUGUGGGCAGUGCUCAGAACAUAGAAAGAGGCCAAAGGAAGAGGCUUGGUUCGCCCCUGAGGUGACCGUCAAUGAUGUAGGCCAGGUGGAAUACCCCAAGGACUCCUGGAGAACCCCUAUGGAGGACCCUCUGGGUAACCUUCAACCCCAGCCCAGAGCCGCCUCCCUGCAUCAAAAAGACAUGUCCCCCCACAUCCCUGAUCGCCGGAUGAAAGUCCCUGACACUGUCGACCUCAGGUUACACCCCUACAGAGAGAGGGCUCAGUGGACUGAGGAAGAGGAAUUCUCUUUCUCUGGAAUUCUCCACCGGGGAGCGGAGGGCUUCCCUGGUCCCCCCAACUGGCAUCAACCUCAGGACUGUUCCCUUGAAGGAGCAGAACACUUGGAGGCCCCUCUUCCUCUCAGGUCUGACUUAAACAACAUCCACUGUGUCCCUCCGAGUCACCCAGCACACAUGCCUCCUCAGUGUAAGUAACAUGCUGUUUAUGGCAACUGUAUUCAUGUAAUUAAAUAGAACAGAUAUAAAAAAAUAUGAUAUACAUGAUACUGUAUGUCUUAUGGCAGGAGCUGGGUCAUUCCACGAAUAGAGUGCCUUUUGCGUCCCUUUGAUAUUUUAAGUAAUGAUGUACCAAUAUUGCAUUUUAAAAGCAUUUUAAACCACAUGGACAUUUUUAUUAAUCUGAUUUUUAAUAUGAAUAAAGACUUGCUAAAGUGCCAAAAAUCUGAAUUUUGACAUGUCCCACGCCAUGUUUUUCUGACUUCUAGGAAGAUUUUAACCCGCUUAACCCCAAAAGUUCCCCAUGUUUUCACCAUCAUUGUAAAGCUCUAGUUAUGUUGUUGCUUUGAUAACGUCACGCUCGUUGAUGAACGGGUCAGACCAAGGCGCAGCAUGAUAUGCAUACAUGUUUAUUUGAACCGAAUAAACAACAAACUAAACAAAACGUGAAGUCCAAGGUACACAAACAACAUACCUCACACGGAACAAGAUCCCACAACCCACUAGUGCCAAUGGGCUGCCUAAGUAUGGUCCCCAAUCAGAGACAACGAGCGACAGCUGCCUCUGAUUGGGAACCACACCGGCCAACAUAGAUCUAGACAUACUAGAUCUAAACAUAGAAAAUACAACAUAGAAAAUCACAACAAGGAAUAUACACACCCUGACUCAACAUAUAAGCGUCCUCUGAGUCAGGGCGUGACAGAUAAAGCAAUUUCUGAAGAUUAUUAUUUAUUUCAUGUGAUUUGUCCCUCAUUUUAAGGUCAACCCUGUUACGGGAACUGAACUCUCAUUUUAAUAUCUGGAUAAGAGCGUCUGCUAAAUGAUGUAAAUGUAAUAUGGUGAAACUAUUUAUUGUUUAAUUAUUUUUUCAAAAUAAACAUUGAACAUCUAAUAGUCAAAUCAGUGUGAGCUGGUUCUACUCUUUUCUGCCAUUGGUGUUUUUGUGGUUUAAAAAAACUGUGAGCGUCAAGCAUAAGACAACAACCCCUGUUACCCAUAGAUAGAUCGGCUAGAAAUGUUUUAACAACAUGCUUCCAUUCCUCCUGUCACAACGGGAGUUAUGGCUGAUUUAAGAUAAAAUCGUCACAGUCAACCCUGUUGCUUUAAUUGGCACUUUUCUUAAUUUGAAUUCUUGAAAUGGGAAAACUUGUUUUUUUACGAAGGGGAACAUUAUGAGCUCUUUAUGACAGAAUAUAAACAUUUUGUGAAAUAUUUUUUUUGCAGAAUUACAGAUUUACACCACCCAAAAGGCACUAUUUUUGUGGAACGACCAAGCUAUAUAACAUUUGCUGGGAAGUAGGUGAUGUUUUUGUUUAGGUUGUUGUUUAUAUUACUGUCUGAAAUAUAGCAUGGAUGUCCAACGUUCUAUAAUUCAGAUAGUGAUGAUUUUGAUUGGGAGCCCAUCCAAGACAGGAUGUUAAGAACAUGUCUUCUCACAUCCCUCUACAGGCCCUGAUCCUGUGCACGGCAGGUGUCAGAGACUGUACACAUGUCAGAAGCCCGUAAAUCAAACCCGUCCCCUCUAUAAUCAUCAUCAUUAUAACCAUCUUCACCCUACGGCACCUCAGCAGGAGCUUCAGCAGUACCCACCAUCCUGGUACACUAAAUAUCCCUACUGGUCUAACAUCAGAUUGUAUCAUUAGCCUAGAUAUCAAAACCAAUCUGAUGUCACAAGUUCCUGCUUUAUUUACAGUCAAUAGGCAAAUGUCAACAGGCAAAUGUUUGGUGGGGAUCCAGUUUUAGCAUUAAUGUCUGCUGAUGGGCAUUACAAUAGACAUAUAAUUCCUGUUUUAUGAGUGUUUGGAGUAGACACCCAACUCUUCUACACUGUUUCCCUCUCUAGGACUCCCAAGGCUCAAAAAAUAUUAUAUGGACAAGAAGCUCUAAAAGCCCCUAGUUGUAAUCUUCCUCAGUGUGUGGCCCCUCCCAGAGAGGUGAUGAGUGAGGUCAGUGUGGUGCCCCCUUACCAAGCGACCCCUGGCCAACCAGAUGGGGGAGGAACAGUUACACAGGAACUAAGGAAGACCAUCAGUUUACCUGAGGAGUGCAGUAAGUACAUAUCAUUCUCCAUCCCUCAGCAAAACCAAGUUUAUCCAUUUUUUUUAUAUUAAAGAUGAUUGUUAAUUAAACAGUGGAUUUUCUGUGAAUCAUAAUGAUUGUGUCACCCUAUGAUUUGGCUUGUAAGAGCUCAAUAUUAAGACUUAAAAACCAAGUCUAACAUCCACUAAAAUGUAAAUAGUUGUUUGAGUGCAAUUAGCAUUCAUGUGGAUACCAUGCUUGUCUGUUUGAUUGCAGGGAAUGUUUUCAUUACGUAUUCUGUGGACACAGCCAGUGAGAUGUUUACCUUUGUGAAGUUUCUGACAGAUCAGGGCUUUAAACCAGCUGUAAGUUUGCUAACUAGAUUGUCCAUUUUCUUUUAUUCAGCAAUUUCCCGAUAUUUGAAAUACUAUUUUUCAUACAUAAUUCCUCUCUCUGGCAGAUUGACAUAUUUGAUAGUGCAGUUAGAAGAAUGGACAUCAUCCAGUGGAUGGACAACUAUUUAAAGGAUGUAAGUCUAAGCGAUCAGCAUUUUUAGAGCAUAAAAUGGGCCUAUCCAAUUAUGAAACUAUACAGAAAAUAAACUGGGUAACACUUUAUUUUAAGGGUCAGUAAUAAACAAUUUAUAAGGCAUUUACAAGCAGUUUGCUCACCAUUUAUGAAUCAUUACUCCCACAUUUGUAAAUGUUAGUAAGCUAAUUCUUCACAAAUGUAUAUAUAUUUCCAUAAAUAUCCUGUGUUGUGUGCUUAUUCUUUUACCAGCUACUGCUGGAAUGUCUACCAAUGGCUUGCCCAUCUUUUUGUGAGAAAUUACACUGGUCACUCAAAGUAUUUAUAAAGCAUAAUUAGUGCUCACUUUAGAUUAGGGGCUGCAAAAAAAUACUUCACUAAUGAUUAGUAAAUGGUUUAUAAAUGUGGGAGUAAUGAUUCAUAAAUGGUAAAUGCCUUAUGAAUGGUUUAUUACAGACCCUAAAGAGAUACUUAGGGAUUUUGGCAAAGAGGCGCUUUAUCUACCCCAGAGUCAGAUAAACUUGUGGAUACCAUUUCUAUGUCUCUGUGUCCAGUAUGAAGGAAGUUACAGGUAGUUUCGAGACCCAGUGCUAACUAGCGUUAGCACAAUGACUGUAAGUACUUCCAGUCAUUGCUCUAACACUAGUUAGCAUUGGCUCGUGAAACUACCUCUAACUUCCUUCAUUGGCCUCAUUGCCAAAAUCCUGAAGUAUCCCUUUAAAAUAAAGUCUUAUCAAAAACUGAACUGACUAUGAAAUGCUGCGUUGCAGAAGUCAGUGCUGAUCAUCGUGGUCAUCAGUCCUAAGUACAAGGCAGACGUGGAGGGAGACGGGGAGGAUGAGCAUGGUCUCCACACCAAGUACAUUCACACUCAGGUAGGCACUUAUACAUGCACCUGUAAGAAUAUAUCAAAUGAAUGUGUGUAGCAACAGUCUUUUUUUGGUUAUGGAGUCUCAAGUUUAGGACAGUGAGACAAAAAGGCUCUGGGCAUUGGACACAGCCCCUUCCUGCCAUGAUGUAGCAUAGGCGUAAAACCCUGCUGUGUGAUACAAAGGGAAACAUAUACUGUACCACAGCAUGUAUAGUUUAUGCAGAGUAUACAUUUAAUAUGCAAUGAAGACAACUCAUAAAAGCAUUAGGCAUUUAUCUUUGAGCACCUUUUCUCAUUUUAGAUCCAGAACGAGUUCAUCCAACAGCGCUGCCUUAAUUUCAGACUGGUACCCAUAUUAUUUCCCACUGCUACCAAGGUGAGUGGAUGGUGAGAUGUUUCCCCAUAGGGAUAGGCUUCUAUACUGUUGUUAUAUCCUGUUAUAUCCUCAUGAGUCACUCACGCCGUGGUGUAAUUAAGCAAUAAGGCCUGAGAAGGUGUGGUAUAUGGCCAAUAUACCACGGCUAAGGGCUGUUCUUAGGCAUGAUACAAUAGCCUUAUUGCUAUUAUAAUCUGAUAUACCAUGGCUUUUAGCCAAUCAGAAUUCAGGGCUCAAACCACCCAGUUUAUAAUGAUCACUAUCCCAUUCCUGUCUUCCAGAGACAUGUCCCCGCUUGGCUCCAGAGUACCAGAAUCUACCGCUGGCCCCAGGAUACCCAAGACCUGCUUCUCCGUCUGCUAAGAGAGGAACGCUACAUCGCCCCCACUCUGGGGAAAGAGUUGACCCUCUCUGUACGGCCCCUCUGA